AAUUAAACACAUUUAUUUCUAGAGUGCUCUGAACAGCCAUGUGACUAUGUUGAGGACAUGACCAUAAUGAAAUCUCCUCCAGAGACCCAAAGACCAGUUUCUUUUUCUCUUUUUUUAACACAUUAGAAGAUGGUGGUGUUUAAAAUCCAAAGCAAAAAAAAUGUAUGUUACAAAUAUAGCUUUCUAAUAAAUAAAAAAUCAAGCUAUCUGAGUGUUAAGUUACCUUAGGCAACAAGAAUGGCCAAACAUUGUAUGUAUUGCUUUAUAUGAUACUGAUUUUAAAUGUGUUUUGACAUUGAAAUAAAGGUCUAGAUGCCGUCAAGAAACUAUUUUUGUUUCUCAGACAAGCUCACAAAACCCGUAAGGAGCCGAUGGCGUCAUGUUGCACGUGUGACGUAUGUGAAUGUGAUGCAUGUGGAUGUGGAGUAACUGUCCAUGGUGCUGAAACCGCCGCAGCGUCGGGAUGCGCGUUCCGGAGUCUCGCAGCAUCAAUGCGCGCAUCUUCUAAUUUAUAAACUCUUAAAAUCCAUAAAAAGGCUCAAAACAGUGUCAAAAUGCUGCCCAACGACACCUUCAAGAACCUGGAGGAUGGUUUAUUUUUGAUAAACUUCUCCAGCAACGAGACGCAUAACGGGGAUUCUCACGGCAGCAGCGCGAUCUUCAUCUCCUUCAUCUAUUCCGUAGUGUGUCUGGUGGGACUCUGUGGAAAUUCGAUGGUGAUUUAUGUGAUCUUCAGGUAUGCGAAGAUGAAAACUGCGACGAAUAUCUACAUUUUGAACUUGGCGAUCGCGGAUGAGUUACUCAUGUUGAGUGUGCCUUUCUUAGUCACCUCUUCUUUACUUCACCACUGGCCCUUUGGUUCUCUGCUGUGUCGAUUGGUUUUAAGUGUUGAUGCCAUUAACAUGUUCACCAGCAUCUAUUGUCUGACUGUGUUGAGUAUCGAUCGCUACAUCUCCGUGGUGCAUCCCAUCAAAGCAGCCCGGUACCGGAGACCCACCAUCGCCAAAAUGGUCAACUUAGGAGUCUGGAUGUUCUCCAUCCUGGUCAUCCUACCCAUCAUCAUCUUCUCCACCACUGCACCCAACUCUGACGGAUCGGUGGCUUGCAACAUGCAGAUGCCUGAGCCCGAGCGUCAGUGGAUGGCUGUAUUUGUGAUCUACGCCUUUCUGAUGGGCUUUCUCUUCCCUGUCAUUGCCAUCUGCAUGUGCUACAUCCUCAUCAUAGUGAAGAUGCGGGUGGUCGCCUUGAAAGCGGGCUGGCAGCAGCGCAAAAAGUCCGAGAGGAAGAUCACGCUGAUGGUGAUGAUGGUGGUGACGGUGUUUGUGAUCUGCUGGAUGCCUUUUCACAUCGUGCAGCUGAUUAGCGUGUUCGUCCAGCAGCACAAUGCCACCCUCAGUCAGCUGGCUGUGAUUUUGGGAUAUGCCAACAGCUGUGCCAACCCCAUCCUGUACGGAUUCCUGUCGGACAACUUCAGGCGCUCCUUCCAGAGGAUUUUAUGCCUCCGCUGGUGGGAUAACGCCACGGAGGAACCCAUAGAUUACUAUGCCACGGCUCUGAAGAGUAGAGGAUACAGUGUGGAUGACUUUCAGACGGACAAUCUCGAGUCGGGCAGCACGUACAGGAAUGGCACCUGCACAUCUAGAACUACAACGCUGUAGGACUCGUCUCUCCCACUUAGGUUUCCUCUUUUCCAUUCACCUUCACCGUGGAGCUGGAUCCAUUCAGAGCCACAGCCUCCGCCUUCCUCCGGGCCAGUUUUCUGGAUCUCCUCAUCAGGCAGCCUUUCACAAUGGCUG